AUGGUGAAGAUGAGUUUAGACCCGGUACAGGUGGCCAGCGUUCAAGUCCAGGAGCUGAAAGUGGCAUCGUCGUCUAACGGGGACAGCAAGGCAUCAUGGGAGGAGAAACAAGAGUUUGGAAGUCAGGAGUGUCUCAACAGCAGCAAGUCCAAGUCUGUGACAGGCCGGCGGGCACGGAAGGUGGAGGGAGGAGUGUUCUUCCCCAGACCCCAACACGCGGUCACCGUCGCAGUCUCCAGCCGCGUCUUGUUCCGCACUGAGACGGAACAGAAAGUGUUUGAGCAGCAGGGGAUCGAGGAGUACCUGAGAUAUCAGAUAGAACACGAGAAUGAGCCUUUUGCACCGGGGCCGGCUUUUCCCUUCGUCAAGGCUCUGGAGACUGUUAACGCCCGCCUCAGAGACCUCUACCCACAGAGCGAAGAACUGUUUGACAUUGUUCUGGUGACGUACAACCAUGCCCAUGUGGGAGUGAGGCUUAUCAACACCAUCAACCAUCACAAUCUCUUCAUUGAAAGGUUUUGCAUGACCGGAGGGGCCAGUCCCAUCGGGUACCUGAAGGCCUGGCAGACAAAUCUCUACCUAUCUGCGGACGCCGAUAAGGUCAGGGAGGCUCUGGGUGAAGGCAUCGCCGCGGCAACCAUGUUUGUGGCAGAGAAGCUGACUGAGGUGUCUGAGUCCCAGCUGAGGGUGGCCUUUGAUGGAGAUGCCGUCCUCUUCUCCGAUGAGUCCGAGCGCAUCUUCAAAGCGCACGGACUCGACAAGUUUUUCGAACAUGAGAAAGACAACGAAGACACGCUUCUGGAUCACGGCCCUCUGAAAGGCUUCCUGGAGGCUCUGGGGAAACUGCAGAAGAAGUUCUACGCCAAAGGCCAUCGCCUGGACUGCCCCAUCCGCACCUUUCUUGUCACGGCUCGCAGUGCAGCCAGCUCGGGCAUCCGGGCCCUGAAGACCCUCCGUGCCUGGGGCUUGGAGAUCGACGAGGCCCUGUUCCUGGCCGGGGCUCCUAAGGGCCCCAUACUGGAGAAGAUCCGGCCUCACAUUUACUUUGAUGAUCAGAUGUUUCAUGUGGAAGGAGCGGCUGAAAUGGGCACGGUCGCUGCUCACGUGCCCUAUGGAGUGGCUCAGCAUCACAACUCGAGAAUGACAAAAGCAACGGGAAAAUAA